AUGACAAAUACACGCAAAGCUAUAAGUUUGAAAGAAAAGAUAGACAUCAUUAAAAAUAUCAAGAGUGGCAUCGGCAAAUCGGAAUCUGCGAGAAGGAAAAAUAUGGCAAAAACACCAGUUUCUACAAUUUGGUGCAAAUCAAAAUCAAGCAAGCAAGCGAAUAGAAAUCGCAGAGAAUUAAGAAAAUUAGAAAUCCUGUAUGUUCAGAUGUGGAUCAAGCUCGUAUACGAUGGUUUGAGACGCGAAGAACCGAAAAUAUUCUUAUAA